AUGGCUCUCGCUUCCCACAGUUCAUCGACGAUAGCAAUCCCAGAGUUGGUUGCAGACCUUGAGCGCACGACAGUUUACGAUGCCGAUGAUUACGAUCAUGGCGAAAUGAAGUUCAAAAGUAAAGAUGGAGAAGACCUUUUGCCGAUAAAUCCAUUCGUUGAACUGCUAGGAUCGAUCGAGAAUGUUCCAGAGUCUCCGCUCUCUGCAACUGGAACUGUAAAAGAGGAAAAACCUUCUGCUAAUGUCAAAGUGCCUCCCAACAGGUACUUUCUUUUGCAUGAUAUUUGCGGCGCUGACGUCAAAGGUGUUGUUCUUAAUAAUUACUCAAGUUAUAACAAUGGAAGAUCGGACAAGAGCGCGAAAGGAUCGCCCUCUUCAUAUGGAGCUUCUCCUGAGCAGUCACCGCUAUCUUUACAGCACGGUGAAGCGAAAAUUAAAAAUUCGGUCUCUUUUCUGGGCAAAGUGUCUGGCUUUUUCAAGAAAAAAUCGUCAAAGUCUUCGGAGGCCGAUGACGGUCGUCUGUUUUCCUCCUUUUCCUCGUCUUCUACAUCUUCUUUUUCUAGGACCACACAAUCUCAUGCUCCUUCCAAUUUAAAGGCGAUCACAAGCUCUCCGAUAUCCAACAACCCAACCUCAACGCACGUUAUUAAAAAUACGAACGAUUUUUUAGGUCAUAUGCCAACAGUUCAUGAUGGCCCCCAAUGCCAGAAUUUCCUUAAAAAGAAGGCGCUUUGGGGCCACUUUAUGAUUAUAAAAUCCAGUAUGAUUACCUCGCCACGAUAUCAUAUUUUGUAUGAGCUUUAUAACACAGAACUGACCAAUUUUAAAUGCUGCGUUGACUUGAAGUUUUUCAUUGAGGGAGCAAGAGAAGAGUUUUUCCCCUCUUUUAAUCAAUCGAACACACUGGGCUCUUGCAAAGGCUAUGUCCCUCAAACCGAAUUUUCCAUCUAUGACCUGCAAGAUUUACAGCUAAAUUACGAAGACGUGAUGUCGGUUAGCGGGGCGAUUUUGAUCGAGCUUGUUGCGAUGCUAGUGGGCUUCAUCACAAAUGCACAGGUAGAAGAUGUCAAGGGCGAGCAUCAACGCGCGCUAAUUUCGCCAAGAUUUGUGCUUGCGUUUCAGAAAAUCGAGAAUAUUCUUCUUCCCUAUGCUAAGCUUCUUGACCGAGCAAAUAUUACCGCCAAACGCACGCUCGAAAACUGCCAUUCUUUUAGGGAAUUUUGCGUUGCCCAACUGGGCCCAGAUGCAUCGAAGCUUUUGUUUGAGAUUCUGUCUCGACCGCUUAUAACCCUGAGCAAAUAUUUGACCCUAAUUAAUAGCCUUCUCAAGGAAACAGAUCCCUCUUGUCCAGACCGUGCUAUUUUAGCAUCGUUUGACACCAAACUUAGGGAUCUUUUAUGUUCCGCAAAUAAGAACUAUUCAUUCCAGUAA